CGACCGGGUCGCAUCGUGGUGCGGUGGUGUUCUCCCAAUGAUGCAGACGGCUCGGACACAGCUUGCAGAAUGUCUCAUAGGGAUCCACCAUACCAGCCUCCCUCUGUGUCAGUGUUGCAGGAGCUCCAGCUAAAAGACAGGCCACCCACUGGGCAUGUCAAUCAAGUCUGGCCCAACCUUUACAUCAGCAAUGAAGUUACAGCUUCUGACAAGGCGACACUCCACCAUCUGGGAAUCACUCAUAUUGUAAACGCAGCUGACAGAGCCCCACAUCAUAGCCAGUGGCCCCGUUUAAUUGUCCGCCCUGGUCCCCGCUUUGACAGAGACAUGUCUGUGGAUUAUUUUGGAGUGGAGGGUAUUGAUGCAGUGGACUUCAUGCUGAGUCCCUUCUUCUGCCCAACUGCUCAAUACAUUAAUAGGGACCUGCAGGCUAAUAGAGGCGGAUUUGGGCGAGUGUUAGUCCACUGCCUGAUGUGUGUGACUCGCUCUGCCACAUUGAUCUGUGAAGACCUCAGCCUCAGGGAGGCGAUGGCUGCUGUCAGGACUCACAGACAUUUGUCCUGA